CUCGAUCUGAGUAGUUCCAUUCCAUACAUCGCAACACAGAGGAGUAUUCCCAAACCAAACAGUGUUUUAAUUGGUACAAUAAUUAGAGAUACUUCACAUUUAUUUUUGAGAAAGACAGUUUUCGCUUUUUUUUCUGUGUCUUCUCUACUCGAAAGAUUUGCAGAUAAAGUUUUGACAAAAUCCUUAAAAAAAAAAGAAAAAACAGUGCGAAAUGGGAAACGUGAGAAAUGAAAAUGUCAUGUUCUUCGGUUGAUCAACAUUCUCACCGUCCAUAAUCUCUGCAACUAAUUUCGAGUUUUUCUACUUUUUAAAAAUUUGGAUAAAAGAGAGGGCUUUUAGGGUAUUUGAGGAAUCAACAAUGGGUAGUUCCGAGAGAGUUCCGUGCGAAUUCUGCGGCGAGCGAGCGGCGGUUCUGUUCUGUAGAGCCGAUACGGCGAAGCUCUGCUUGCCCUGCGACCAGCACGUGCACACGGCGAAUCUACUGUCGAGGAAGCACGUGCGAUCUCAGAUCUGCGAUAACUGCGGCAACGAGCCAGUCUCCGUCCGGUGCUUCACCGACAACCUCGUCUUGUGUCAGGAGUGCGAUUGGGAUGUUCACGGGAGCUGCUCUGUCUCCGACGCUCAUGUCCGCUCCGCCGUCGAAGGUUUCUCCGGCUGUCCAUCGGCGUUGGAGCUUGCUGCUCUAUGGGGAGUCGAUCUGGAAGGGAGGAAAGAAGAGAAGGAAGCGCCGUUGAUGAUGAUGGAGAAUAACUUCGGGAUGCAGCUAGAUUCGUGGGUUUCUGGAUCUAACGUUUUACAGGAGCUGAUGGUACCCGUCCCCAAAGACACGGCGUUUAAGAAGCGCAGCUCUAGCUGUGGGAGGUAUAAGCAGCUCUUGUGCAGACAGCUCGAGGAGUUGCUCAGGAGUGGUGUCGUUGGCUGUGAAGAUGAUGUUGACCGGGUUUGUGACCGUGACGGCGAUUGCGAUGGAGACGGAGACGGAGACGGAGGAGGAGGUGGAGGAGAGGGGUUUAUGGUUCCGGAGAUGCCGGAGAGAUUGGAAUGGUCAAGAGAUGUGGAGGAGGUCGAUGGCGGAGCAGGAGUUAUCCAUCAGCCUCCAACGACGUCGUUCACAUCUUUGCUGUGGAAUGCUGCUAAUCCUAAUGGUGGUGCUCAGACUCAGAAUACUCAGAUAUGGGAUUUUAACUUGGGACAGUCAAGAGGACCAGAGGACAAUGGCCAAAUGAAAGCUGAGUAUGCAACAAAAGAUGCAGCUUCGUUCACAAUCAACAACUUUGUUGAGCUCACCAAUGAUACUUGUUCCACUAAAGCGAAAGGUGUUAAAGAGAUUUUCAAGGAUAAUUACAGUCGAUCAACCUCAAGCCAGGUACAAGCAACAUCUGAGAGCAACAGUCGUCCAAUUGCUUUUGGGUCCGAGAAAGGUUCCAACUCCUCCAAUGAGUUAAACUUCACAGAACAAGUUGCUGGAACUAGCUGCAAGACCACGAGGCUAGUGGCAACCAAGGCUGAUCUGGAGCGGCUGGCUCAGAACAGGGGCAAUGCAAUGCAGCGUUACAAGGAAAAGAGGAAAACCAGAAGAUAUGACAAGACCAUAAGAUAUGAAUCGAGGAAAGCAAGAGCUGACACAAGGUUGCGUGUGAAAGGCAGAUUUGUGAAAGCUUCUGAAGCUCCUUAUCCUUGAAGUCUCUUUCACUUAGGUUCUCCUAUUAGCUACAAAGUUAGGAACUUUUUUUUUUUUUUGCUACUUUGCGGUUCCUCGUAAAUGUAUAUAGAUCGGUCUCGUUUCAUUUGUCCUCCCUUUUCAUUUUGUUUGUUAUAUCUGGUCCCUUUUAUGUACCUUGUGUAAACUUCUGUUGUUGAACAAGGUUUGUUUCUUAAACUUCUAGAAGCAAAUUAUAAAUACCAUUCUGAACUCUCACAAGAUAUUAUAUCAUAUGCCUUAGCAAGUCAAGUCUAGUAUGACGUUGGAGAAUUGUAAAUCAAGAAGCAAACACUAGCAAUAACGCUUUAUUAUUAACGGAGAGGUUA